AUGUGCAAUGGCGCUUCCUCUAGGGCAGCGCUCACCCUGGCCUCUCUGCACAGGCUGACUGGCAGCGAGCCCCUGACCAUCCUCCCGCUGACCCUGGAGCCCGAGGCCACUGCGCAGGCACACUACAAGGCCUGUGACCGGCUGAAGCUGGAGAGGAAGCAGCGGCGCAUGUGCCGCCGGGACCCGGGCGUGGCCGAGACGCUGGUGGAGGCGGUCAGCAUGAGCGCGCUUGAGUGCCAGUACCAGUUCCGCUUCGAGCGCUGGAACUGCACCCUGGAGGGCCGCUACCGGGCCAGCCUGCUCAAGCGAGGCUUCAAGGAGACUGCCUUCCUCUACGCCAUCUCCUCAGCUGGCCUGACGCACGCGCUGGCCAAGGCCUGCAGUGCAGGCCGCAUGGAGCGUUGCACCUGUGAUGAGGCCCCUGACCUGGAGAACCGUGAGGCCUGGCAGUGGGGUGGCUGUGGAGACAACCUCAAGUACAGCAGCAAGUUUGUCAAGGAGUUCCUGGGUCGGCGGUCGAGCAAGGACCUGCGCGCCCGAGUGGAUUUCCACAACAACCUCGUGGGUGUGAAGGUAAUCAAGGCCGGGGUGGAGACCACAUGCAAAUGCCACGGCGUGUCGGGCUCCUGCACCGUGAGGACAUGCUGGCGGCAGCUGGCACCCUUCCAUGAGGUGGGCAAGCGCCUGAAGCACAAGUACGAGACGGCGCUCAAGGUGGGCAGCACCACCAAUGAAGCUGCCGGCGAGGCUGGCGCCAUCUCACCGCCAAGGGGCCGGGCCACAGGGACGGGUGGUGACCCCCUGCCCCGCACGCCGGAGCUCGUGCACCUGGACGACUCACCCAGCUUCUGCCUCGCUGGCCGCUUCUCCCCGGGCACCGCUGGCCGCAGGUGUCACCGUGAGAAGAACUGCGAAAGCAUCUGCUGUGGGCGUGGCCACAACACACAGAGCCGGGUGGUGACACGGCCGUGCCAGUGCCAAGUGCGUUGGUGCUGCUAUGUGGAGUGUAGGCAGUGCACGCAGCGUGAGGAAGUCUACACCUGCAAGGGCUAGUGCUGGGCGCUGAGCUGUUGCAGGGCUGCAGGCAGUGUGGGCAGCACGAGGCCCUGGCUGGGAGUCCCCAGUACAUAUGAGAGUGAAGUGGGGGCAGGAGCCUGGGGCGGGCUGGGUGGCUGUUUCUGCCCCUCUGUCUCCCCUCGAAGGCCUGGUCUGACCUCCACGUCCCCUCUGCUUGUCCUUUCCUGGGGCACAACAGCAUUGCACUGAUGCUUUCCAGGCCAUGUCCGUCCUUAAGCCUCCAGUUCCUGCGUCGCGGCGCCCCUCGUUGCCUGGGCUCCCUCUGAGGAGCACAGGUGCACCUUCGUGACCACACAGGUCCUCUGUGGCAGCCUGGGGGCUGCCUGGCACUGGCUCUGGUUAGAGUCAAACCACUAGAAGAGGGCCGGCCGGCUGCCCAGUCCCGGGGGACACUGCCAGCCCCCUCUGACACCCAUCACUUCUCUUUGGAGUGAUAUCAGUGACUUAAGUUAUUUUUAUUUAACUAAUAUAUAAUAAUUAUUUUCUCUGUCCCCGCCAUGUUCCAGACUGCGGCUCCUCUGGUCUGGAGGGGCCCUCUUUCCCCCACUUCUUUGCCUGAUCUGCUUUGUGUUUGAAACCACUAAGUCAAGAGAGAUACAGUCUUUGUUCUAAAGAGUUAAAGCAGCUGUGUCUGGCCACCUCCUUCAGGGCUUCUGGAAGCCAGGUUCCCAGGUCCAGGCCCCGCAGCCCCCAGGGAGGCCAUCCCAGGCUGGGUGCCUAUGGGCACACAGUCCUGCAUUCCAGCCCUGAAAUGCAGAUUCUGGGGCAGGGGAGGCAGAAGUUGGCCUGUUCUCCCCAAGGGGUGUGCGUGCGCAGAGAGGCAGGGACAGCCCUGUGGAGGCUUCAUUUCAAAAAGAAGGCACAGCUUUCCCUGUGUCACGGGUGUAAGCAGAGUGGGGACAGAUGUGGAUGGAGAGCAUCUGGAGCUAGGAUUUCGCAAACGAAAGGCUGUUCUCCUUGGCCAUGAUGUUAUCUUUGCAGGAAGGGGGAAAAGAUGGCCUACGCUGACUUGGUUCGGUUUGAGUGUGUGCACACGUGUGUGUAUGUGUGCAUGCAUGCUUGAGUAUGUCUGUAUGUGUGGUGCAUGUGUGCAUGAGUUGCAUAGGUGUGGUAUGUGCAUGAGUGCACGUGCAUUCUUGUGCAUGAGUGUGAACAUACACAUGUCUGCAUGUGUGUAUGUGGAUGCAUGCAUCUGUGUGACAUGGGCAUGUGUAUGCUGUCUGCAUGUGUCAUGUGAGCUUAUGUGUGUGAACAUGGGUGAUGGUUACAUACAUGAAUGCCCAGGUGUGUGUGUUGGCGUGCUCUGUGGGUGGCUGGGGUGUGGCCUCCACCCUGUGCCCUUCCUCAGCAUGGGGCUCUCCUUCCCAUGGUGGUGUCAACGGAAGCCUCGGCUCCAGAGCCUCUGCCCUGGGCAUGCCUGCUCCACUGGGUAGCAGUGUUCGGAGGGUGCGGGCAGUGCAGACAUGGGAACUACUGAGCUAGGACAUUCCUUGGAGUCCUGGGGGGCUCCAGGAAUCCAGGGGACUGUUUCUAAAAAGAAAACCUAUUUAUGUUGAUGUGGGUCUCUUUGUCCCUGUUUUAUGGUGUAAAUAGUAAAGUUUAUCCUCCUGUGGUUCUGAGAACACCCCGUGAAUAACCCCCGUGUGUUGACGGGGCAGUGUGGAGGCCCGUCCCUGGAAGGGAGCCAGGUGGGCUUCGCUGUGACAGGUGAUGUGGGCCUGCCCCUCGGUCCCUGCAGGCCUGGCUGGACAGGGUGGGGUGGCCCGGGGGGCAUCCCGGUCAUCCGCACACGUCCCCGCCUGCUGGGGCCCAGGGCAGGUGGAGUGGCAUGCUCCCAUGACAAGACUGUAACCAGUCACUACUGGGUCAGGAAAGGUGGCAAGUCAGAGGAAGGAUAUUUUUUUAUCAAAUACCACAUUUAGCUGUAUGUCGUAAAUAUUAAGAAAAGUAUUUUUUUAAACAAGGCAGACUGCAUAUGUCUGCUGGCUGGUUUGUUUAUAUAUAAAUAUAUAUCAGAACGUCUUGCUAAGCGAAGAAGCAACUCCCGCUGAUAGAGCCUCUCCUUAAUGCUUCUCUUCCGUGUGGCAGAGGAACUCUAGAAGACAGUGUCUGUGCUGGGGCCAGAGCCCAGGUUCAGCCUUCCUGGGGGCCACAGGAGCGAGCAGCCACGCUGAGGGCUAGGCGGGUCCCGGCCACUUGCUCCCCACCGGCCACACAGACAUGGGUUCCGGGCUGGGUUCAGCCAGCUCUGGAGGGCGGGAGGAGAGGGGCAUUCACACACAAUAACUCUCCUCUUUGUGUUCAGACUCUCCUUCGAGCCUACCCACUUCUCUACCUCAUCUGUAUAGCGAGUAGGUGUGUACUCGAGUGACUUGGAGAAUGUAUUUAUUUAACGGCUUUGUAUAACAACCAGAAACAAAUGGAAACACUAAAUAAACAUAUUUUAAAUUAUA